AUGGAGGAAAGUAGUCUCACCUUUCAGAGGCCGCAAAUGGAGCCACCAGAGGCAGUGAAGCCUCCUGAAGAGAAGCCAAAGCGAAAACGGCGUAAGAUCACCAAAUCGUGCGCUUUCUGCCGCAAGCGGAAGCUGCGAUGUGACCAGAAAAGGCCAAUCUGCUCGACGUGUGCUGUUAGAGGAUUCACUCAGUGUGUAUAUUCCAACGAACCGGAAAGCAAUACAAAUGGAUCGGUAGCAGAGGCUGACUCUGGUAGUCAUGCAACUUUCGUAGACGACCUGAAUAAGUUGCAAAUUGAAGGAGAGGCUGCAGGAGGGGAAGCGGUAAAGAUAAAGACCAGGUACAUUUCUUACGGAGCUAAUACCAAUGGGCCCUUGCAUAAUCUCAAUUCAAUAUACCACAUAUCCUCUACUGAAGACUCACUAUCUCACAAAAGGAACAUCCUGACCGAUUUCUGCACUCUCCAGUCCAAGGACAGCGGGAGACGCAUAUGCUAUGGAGCUACUGCUUUCAAGACAUUUAUGGGCAAGUACAAUUGGGACUUGAUGCAGCGGUUUAUGCAGGCGUGGACUAAACUUAAGAUAAUAAGGAGGCAGUUAAAGAAGAAAAAGAACUUUUCCAUGUUGAAGGAGCUCUGCGUAGCAGAAGAGCCAAUUCAAGCGGCAGACGGUUCGCCAACCUCGCUGAUCAAUGACCUCGUGCAGCAUCUGCCCUCUAGAGAAAAGGUGGUCUCAUCCUUGAACCAUUUCUUCGACAGCAGUCAAUUAUUCAUGAUGAACAGUACUUUAGACAAAGACAAGGUGUUCAGGGACUUCGAGCAAGGGUUUCAAAGUGGGGAUCCGAGGGCCAGUGACGGAGAAAAACCGAUCGUGAUGCUAAUCGUACCACCCAAGAAAAAUUAUUACAAAAUUGGAGUCAUAGUAAUGAUACUAGCUUUGACUUACUAUCGUGAUGAGCUUCCUUCCGCGGUUGAGAGAUUUCUCAUCUUUUUAACUGGUGUCAGUACAGCGAAAGGCAUGUACAUUGAGCGCACUCAAAUGCUAUUGCUGCGAUGCGAGUAUAGGUGGGUCUACGGUCACACAGGCGGUGAUGAUAGCCAUUUGAUGCUUUUGGUCGAUAAUUUGAUUAGCACGGCAACAUAUUUGGGCCUUAACCGGGAUAUACCAACACUGUACGGAGAACAAGUUGAAGACGUUGGAAGCACAGAAUCGCUUCAGAAGCUUUGGUAUUGGAUUUUAUUUGCCGAUCUUGACAUUGCUUUGAAUCUGGGUAGGCCAUUGAAAGUUUCGCUGUACGAUUAUGAUGACGAAGAAAUGCUUAGCGAUCACAGCAAGACUUUUUAUGGAGUUAUGAAGCGGUUCUUGAAAGUUGUGCGGCCAAUGUUUUUCGAUCUGCACGAUAGGAGAAUCACACCAGACUUAUCACAGCACUGUGAGACAUUGAUCGAUUUCAUUGAACAAGAAUUCCCCCCUAUAAGUACUUACUCACCUAGUACCGAUACGCUGGACAAGGGCUUCCUACAGACCCGCAUACUUUGCCUGGCGCUUGAAGUUUUGAUGGCAUUUUACGGUCUUCGAUUUUUUGCGUUGAAGGAGAUUACUCCAGCCGUAAAGAAUGGCGCUGUUAAAUCCGUCAUACUCUCGUGUUCUUUAUGCGUCAACCUAAUUCUUUUUUGCUUCGAGUUAGAUAAAUCAUCAUUUCCGGAGUUGAUUGGAAGUGACUGCCAAGAGCCCACUCCUUACCUGAAUGCAUGCUUGUCGCAUAUAGCGACUGCAUUUGUUAGAUGUGUCGGGAUGGUUUAUGCCCUUUCAUACUGCGAAAUGACAUAUUUCGAAAACGGAUUGCUUGUCCUUAGCGGUUACGAUGAGACUAGUCAAUGUGAUCUCUCAACACUGCGAAGUGAAGGUGGACGUUGUACAUCAUUUGCCUGUUACUUCAAGAUCGCAUGCGAAAAGCUUGAUUUAUUAGUCGCAUCAACUGAUCCAAUCCUCAAGCGGCUCUUGCGGCGUUCACGGUGCUAUAUGAUUGUGCUGGGCCUCGCCACUGUCAUGCGAGCCGUCAUAGAGAGAGCCUUAGAAAGUCGCACACGCGCUGAGAACUCCUGGCUUUCGAGUUCUUGCAAACACAAUCUGGAAGGCAAGAUAGCCGUGUCGCGACAAAUAGAGUUUUCAACACCUUUCCCGGAGCGAGACGCCACCAUAGCAGAUACUGAUACUUCCAAUUGCCCCUGUGGAAUAUCAAGAAAUGACCCAAAUUCAGCUAUGACUAAUGAUUACAUUGUUGAUAAUUUGGCUGUCAAAACCGACACUGAGAUCGGUCCUGACGGCUUUCCCUCUGGACAGCCAAUGAUGAAACUAUCGGACCAAAUGGAGUCUGAAAUGACACAGCUUAUAGAGGAAGAAUUCUGGGGUAGCUACAAUUUAGGAUGGCAGGAGCUUGUGGAGAAUACAGAUCUCGAAAGCUUUUUCCCAGAUCUCGUCUUGUGA